AUGGGACAAACACACUCUUCCAAACAGCGCCCCCAAACUUCCGGUUUGCCUGCCCCUCCCAUUUCUCUGGAAUCCAAUUACAGUUUUUAUUAUUACCAAGGCACUUUCACUAACCCGGGCAAUUUGCCCUAACAGCAGAGGAACUCUCUCACUACCUUGCAGAGCGCUUCGCUGACCAGAGCUUCAACGGAGUAGAGCUCUACUCGUUCAAGGACAACUUCCGCACACUAGCGGACGUGCACAAGUCCGGGGCUGGCCGCGGUGGGCUCUUGUAUUGGAGCGAGGACACGCUAGCCAAGUUCCUGGCGAUCCCGGACUGCCUAGAGGUGGGGCCGAUACUGUUCCGCUCGGUGUCGUAUAUCGGGGCGUUCCCGUUUCCGAGUCUCGCCCCAGCUGUGCUGGACUUUGAGGCGCUGGUAAAGGUUGUAGUUAUUCUAACGGGAAGAUAUAAGAGUGUUAUUCGGAGGCGCAGGCCGGAUUCGUUGAGGUUGUUGUUUAGGUCUCUGGCGGUCUAUGAUCGGGGGAUUCAGCACGAGGGAGAGGGUGGUGGUAGGGUGGGGGAGGGAAAGGGGAAGACGAUAGACGUGAGCGUUUCUUUGGGAGAUGGAGGGGACGAGGGGGAUGAGGGAGAUGAGGGGGACGAAGGAGAUGGAACGGGCGAGGAGGAUGAAGAUGACCUGUCACUUGCGGCUUUGGACGCCCUGGAUGCAAUUGAAGUUUUUGGGCAUUCUGAGAGGUUGAAUAUUCACCGUGCACGUAUCCCAUUGGAUAUCUUGAAGAAGUUGACUGCCUUUUUGCUAGUGAUUGCUCCGCUGGAGCCUAACCAAUCCAUAGCAGAGUUUGCUGACAGGCUUACACCUGAGGCUCUCGUGGGAGUGCGUGGCGCUGCAGAGUGCAUUCUUAGAGGGUUCAGGUGCGAAGAUGAGAAAGGGAUGCUAUAUAGAGACUUUAAGCUGAGUAUCAAGAGAGCAUUGGUUUGCUUCCUUAUCCCAGCUACGCCGGGUUGCAGGAUCUGACCCGCGUAGCCAUAUAUGUUCACCCCCUUGAAGCCCCUCUUCGAACACCUCCUCUUUAGCAAAAAAGUCGACAUGUCCAUAGCUACCCCCUCAAACAACCCGGAGCCGUCAAUGCCACUGCUCCCAAUUGAAGGCCAAAUAAUGGACCUCAACCUCCUCAGCCAGCUCUCCUUCUUCAUCCCGGGCACCCACCUCUGGCGCCGACUCCGGCCCCUAUACGUGGGCUCAGAGGCAGGUUUCAGCAUGGGCUCCUUCGAGACAAAAGUGCUGAAAUGGUCUGCUCCAACCAUCCUCCUUGUCUCGGGCACACGCCUCCCCUUCCCCGCGGAGACCCACGCGCAGCGGGCCUUCCUGGACCGCAUACCGUCAAAGAAGUACUCCCAAUCUUCGGGCAACCAGUGCACUGGAAGACUGGUCUUCGGCGUGUUCCUGAACGUCCCCUGGAAGCUUUCGCAUAAGGGUUUGGCACAACAGAAUCCUAGGUUCUCCCGUGUCAUGCCACCGUCGCUGACGAGAAGACAGAUUACUUCGGCGACGCUGAGUCCAUGCUCUUCCAGCUGGAGCCUAUGCACGAGGUGUUCCGCGCGUCGAGGUCUUCCACGGAGUACGCUUACUUUAAUAAAGAUGAUGGCGUAGGUUUCGGCUCGCCAAUACAGAAGCUUAAAAACCACUAUCACCACCGUGGUCAGAGCUACCUCAAUCUUGGCUCUGUGUCGUUAACAUUCGACCACUCACUCGAGUAUGGUGUUUUUCAGAACACCGGGGACGGCGGCACCUACCAUAGUGGCAGAGAAGCAGAUUACUACUCCCGGGACGUUUUCGAAAUAGAGGAGAUAGAGGUGUGGGGCUGUGGCGGGAACAGUGAGGCCGAGGCG